AUGGCUUUCCGAAUCUCCCUUAACAAAGCAGGCAAAGCCGCGCAACUUGGCUCCAAGAUUAAAGCAGAAGAAGACGCGAAAGCGCGCGAGGAGAAGAAUGCGCUUGACAAAGUUAUGGCCGAUUUCAUGGAAGAGCACAGCGACGAAAAGGGCGUUCUAGGCGAGACGGAGAAGGAUCACGAGGCAGAGAAAGACGUAUUCGUCCCCACGGGCUCGAAGCGACAUUUCACAGGCAGGCCGCGGUCGAUGAAGAGCGGGCCGGGCACACUCGAUGCAGAGCCCGUGCCUGCAUUUGCGAGGCCAGGUGCACCGGGCGGAUAUACUGGAGCGCCGCAUUCAAGAUUUGGUGGGCCUGCUGCGGGACAGGACGAGGAGAGGGUCAACGAGAACAUUUACACCACCGUGGUUGCGAAGGCGUCGAAUCUGCCACCUGCGAUAAGCCCUAGCCGCGUGGAAGAGCUCUUUGCUGAGUUUCCGUCGCUCAAGGUGGUCAAAGUAGAAAGGAUACCGCCGUCAAGGCCCUCAAGCCCUUCGCAGCGAACACGCCCGUCUGCUUCGAUGAAGGUCAUCUUCGACAGAGAUGCCAAUGCGCGCGACCUUGAUGAUGCGAUGAACAAGAUGAACGACAAGAGAUAUUUGGGAAAGGGAUACUAUCUGCAUCUGGACCGCUACUUGGGUGGCAGAAGCGUGAGCACAAAGCAGCACGAAGAGCCUUUCGGCGCGACAUUGCACGACGUAGAAGUCGCCAAGGGCUAUGCACCACCACCGGAUCUUGGAGGCAACAAUCGCGAACGUGUGCGGGAAGAGAUGAUGAACAAGCGCAUGCUGAUCACCGCCAACGCACCGCCAGAUCUUCCUACCUUGAGGCUGAUACACCAAACGAUCGAAGGUGUCAUUGAGGGGGGGAUGGAAUUCGAAGCCGCUCUGAUGCAGGACGCUCAAGUCCAGUCCUCCGAGCGCUUCGCCUGGCUCUUCAACCAAAAGCACCCGCUGAACCGCUACUACCGCUGGCGCCUCCACGAGAUACUCAGCUCGACCUCGCGCCCAGACGUCUUUCAGCGGCACCCCGAAUGGCGCGGUCCCAAAGAAGUGCUGAUAGAUGAGUAUGCCAGCGGCCUAUGGGACCUAAAUCAUCCCUACGAGGAGGAAGACUCUGAAGAUGAAGAUGACCUACCCGCGCAUGCUCGCACUACUCUUCCCGUUGGUGAUGACUAUCCGGGGCGAGCACACACCGGGUACGGGAUCAUGCCCCCGCGUGACCGCGCCCAGCUCAUCUGGCUGCUCGCCACGCUCCCACCCUCCAGCGCGCUCUACGACGAGAUAGCUGCCAUAUCUACGUUUGCUGUCGACCACGUAAGCAAAGGCAUGGACGAAGUCGUCUCCCUCCUCGUCACAAACGUUUUUCAGCCCUUCUUCCUCUCGAAAGCGAACCCUAAACUAUCCCGUGGCGACGUCACAGAAGAAGAAGAGGGACGCCGCCGCGGCCAGAUUCCCCAACUCACUACCAAUGCUUUGCGCAUCAUAUCGGACGUCGCGCUCACAACGCAGAAAGAACCAGGCAUGGCGUACAAAUACCGUGGUGUCAUUGGCGGUCAACUUGUUGACAGGAAGGUUUUUGAGUACCUGGAGCGGCUUCCCGCGCAGUUGGAGAUGGGCAGGCUCGCCGAGAACCAGUAUAGAGAUGAUAUAAAUGCGAUAUUGAAGGUUUGGAUGGACGAGCACCUCUUCGAAAAGGAGUCGUUGGAGCACAUUGAGCACGCUUUCAAUGGAAGAAAGAGGGAGAGGGAACAGGAGGAGAUCGAGCGUCGGGCGGUGGAGAGGAGGAAGGCAAGAAAAGGGGUGGUUCCGAAGAGAGAGAAGCCAGAGAGUCCGGAUGGUAAUGAGGGGAGGAUGGAUGUUGACGGGGCUGCGGACGAGGGUACGCCUGGUGCAGGAGUUAAAGAGGGCACGCCAAUGGAGAUCGAGAGUGAGACGCCUGCUGAGGCCGCGACCACAGCUGAUGCAGCCGAGGCAUCGGCGACAAAGGAAGUGGAGAAGGCAGCUUCGCCGCCUGAAAUCCCAGGAGAGACUGCGGCUCAGCGGGCUAGGAGACUGCGGCCGACCGCGGAUAUGUUCGCUUCAGACGAAGAAUGA